UCCCUCGUCCUCCCCUCACUGUACCUCGGCCCCUGCUCAGCAGCCUCCUCCCAGCCCUUCCUCUCCUCGCACUCCAUAACCCACGUCCUCAGCGUCGGCUCCAGCCCUUCCCAAAAACUCGACGGUGUCACCUACCACCGCAUUUCCCUCUCCGACUCGCCCUCCUCCUCCAUCACCAAGGUCUGCGACAGCGCUUGCACGAUUAUCGACUCGGCCCUCCAAUCCAAGAACGGCGCCGGAAAGAUAUUAAUCCACUGCUCGGCGGGCAUCUCGCGCUCGCCCAUGGUAGUCGCGGCGUACCUGAUGAAGCGCCGCGGCAUGACGCUUAAAGCUGCUUUGAAGCAGAUCAUCCAGGUCCGCCCGCAGAUCUCGCCCAAUCCUGGCUUCCUCGCGCAGCUCAAGGAGCUCGAGAUGGAGCUCUUUGGGACCGUGUCACUUGACAUAGACGAACUACCGAAGCGCGAGAAGGACCGCCUGGCGCUGCUC